CGGGCCUCGCCGCUCCCGUUUCCCUCGGCUCGACAUGGCGGCGGCGGCACCACCUCUACCGCGCAUGCGCUCCCUCCACGGCACCGCGCAUGCGCCGCUGUGUUAAAGGGCCCUCGCCCCCUUACCGGACGGGCUCUUAAAGGGGCCGCGGCCGGUGCCGGUGCCCAUGGAGGCCGCAGGCUGCCGGUACCGGCUGGACCUGAGCCACGGCUUCGUACGGCACAUCCGGCGCAACCAGCUGGCCAGGGACGCGUACGAGCGCGCGCUGCGGCAGGCGCGGGGCCGCGCACGGCUCCCGGUGACACCGACCAGGCCGCGGCGGCCUGACCAGGCCGUGUACAGACCGAGGAGGGGAGGGGGUCCCGGGGGUGACCCCGGCCCAGGGCCCCCCCCCCGACCCCCGCGGGCCGCGGCUCUUCUGCCUCGAGUAUGAGGGGGACGACGGCAGCGUCACCAGCGUCAUCGUGCACCAGGGGGACAGCGCCGAGGACGUCACCCAGCAGGUCUGUGCCCGGAGCCCCCUGGAGCCCUCCCUGCGCCGAGCCCUGUGCCAGCGGGUGCAGGACGAGCUCCGGCAGCGCCAGAACCGGCGGAGCCCUGACCCCAUGGGCACAAUAAAGGUUCGGUGAGCGCC